CAAAUUGAAAUAACCAUCAAAAACCUUCAAAGAUUGAUUGAAGAUAAAAAAGUUGAAUUAAAAGAUAUAGAAACAUUUCCCGAACUAACAAACCUAUUAAUUAAACAAUUAAUAGACUUAGAAAUUAAUAAUGGAAUGAAGUCAAUCAUGUGGAUAUAUGAUAGAUUUGGUGAUGAUAGUGAUUACAAUGUAUUAACACACGAAUCAAAAGGUUUAAUCAUUCGAGAAUUAUUAAAGUACAAACUAAGGGAAAAGGCGGUAAUGAUAAUGCAAAAGAUGUUAAUCGAUGAUAAUUAUAUACCCGAAUCUUCAUUAAUUCAUGAGUUGAUUGAUAACCUCGGUCGUAGAUCUAAUAAUGGAUAUUCUAAUAUGAACAUGAUGGAUAAAGCCGAGUAUUAUUUUAAUUUAAUGAUCGAAGAGAACAAGAUAGCACCAACGAUUGAAAUCUUUACAACUUUGAUUAAUCAUCAUUUAAGAUUAUUAAACAUUGAAAGGUCAGAACAAUUAUUUAAGACAAUGAAAUCUUAUAAUAUUCAUCCAAAUAUUAUAACUUAUAACGCGAUUAUAAACAAUUCUGUUGUUAAAUUUGACAUGGAAACAGCGGAAAAAUUUUUUAAUGAAGUAAUUGAAUCGAAUAUUCAACCGGAUAUCGCAACAUUUUCAACCUUGCUAAAAGGAUACCUUAAUGCUGGAGAUAUUGUUAGAGCUUUACAAAUUAACGACAUGAUGCGAAAGUAUGAAAUCAUACCGAAUCGAGCUUAUAUUACACAUUUAAUGAAGGUUUAUAUUCAAAACAAGGAUUUUGAACAGGCGGAAAAGGUUUACACCACAAUGAUUGAACAACCCACGACGUCCAGAGCAACAUCAUCAUCAUCUCAGCAAGUAAAUUCUGAUUUAAUUAAAUCCAACAUUAAAAGCUUAACUUUUCAUUUAAAAACUUUAUUGCAAGAGACGAGAGAUAAAAAUUAUGCAUAUGAAUUAUACAAGAAAUAUUUGGAAAAGUUUGACAAUUAUGAAUUGAAGUUUACUCCUGAUACGUACUUUUUUACCAUAUUUAUUUCUUCAUUUGCUCAACAAUUCCUUGACGUUUCUUUGGCCGUUGAAUUAUUUGAAGAAAUGAAACGUCGUGAGAUCAAACCUUCAAUCGUUACUUAUACUAUAUUAAUUGAUGGUUUUGCUUUAAAAGGCCAGGUUGAUGAGGCCGUGGAAUACUUUGAAAGAAUGAAACAAGAUUCUAUCAACCCUAAUAUUUAUACCUAUACUAGUCUGAUCAAGGCUUGGAUUCAAGUGCGUAGGAUAGAUAAAGUGAAAGAAGUUUAUAAUGAGAUGAUUAGUAAAAACAUUAAACCUGUUAACGCUACCUUGAGGGCUUUACAAAAAAUUCGACGAGGAGAUUUAAUUGAUCAAACUCCAAAAUCACAAAAGGAAGCUCAUUUUUGGGGUGGUAAAUUAUGGGUAUCAAAAGACGUUGAAACAAUCGAUAGAUUAUUUCAAAGUUUCUUAUUAUCCGUGUCAAAUUCUUUUUCCAAUAAUGAUGAUUAUAAACCUAAUGUUAAAACUUUUCGUUACUUUAUUAAUUGUUAUUUAUUUAAAUACGAAAAUUUAACUAAAGCAUUACAAGUUUUUCAAGAAAUGGUAAAAUUGAAUAUUAAACCCGAUUAUUUAAUUUAUUGUUGUUUUAUUAAAGGUUGUUGUAUGCUAGGUCAAGUUGAAAAAUCAGAUUCUAUAUUAGAAAUCAUGAAAAGUCAAAAUAUCAGUCCCAAUGAUUAUAUUUAUAUUAAUUUAAUAAAAGGUUGGAAAAAAAUUCGAAGAAAAGAUAAAUGUGAAGAAUUGCAUAAAGCAUUAAUGAAAUUUAAGCGAGAGAAGGAAAAGUAUUAA